AUCAGUGCCUGGGCUGUAUUGUGUACACAGGAGACCAUGGCUGACAUUGUAUUCCUGGUGGAUGGCUCUGCCAGUAUCGGGCUGGAAAACUUCCAACAAAUCUGUGAAUUUGUUUCCUUGCUUAUAGAGAACUUAGAAGUUGCCGCUGACAGGAUCAGGAUCGGUUUGGUCCAGUUCAGUGACACACCGCAUACUGAAUUUUCGCUCAACACUUACCAGAACAAAGAGGACAUUCUCAGGUACAUCCAAAAUCUACAUUAUAAAACCGGUGGGACAUUUACCGGCCAGGGUUUGGAGUUCAUGCUGAAACAACACUUUGUUGAAAAAGCCGGAAGUCGAGCACAGCAGAGUGUUCCUCAGAUUGCCAUUAUCAUCACAGAUGGUGAAUCUCAAGAUGAGGUUGGGUCACAGGCUCAGGAGCUGAGGCAAAGAGGAAUCAAAAUAUUCGCCAUAGGGAUCAAAGAUGCGAACGAGACUUUACUGAGACAGAUUGCGAGCGAUCCGUACGAUCAGCACGUUUACAGUGUAUCAGACUUUGCAGCUCUGCAGGGAAUCUCUCAGAGUGUAAUCCGGGAGGUGUGUACCACUGUAGAGGAAACACACAAAGAGAUCAUCCAGAUGUCAAGAGGCUGCAACGAAACUGCUCAGGCAGACAUUGUGCUCCUUGUGGACUCGUCUGGUAGCAUUGGAGCGAGUGAUUUUGAAGAAGUGAGGAAGUUCCUCCAUGCUUUUGUCGACAGUUUUAAUCUUAGACCCGAUAAGGUGAGAGUGGGACUUGCCCAGUUCAGUGAUAGACCGUACCAAGAGUUCCUGCUUGGUGACUAUUUACAUAAGACAGACUUGCACCAAAAGUUGAAUGGUCUCAUCUACCGUAGAGGAGGCACCAACACUGGUCGGGCCCUGACUUUUAUCCGUGAGAAUUACUUUAGCCUGGCCAGAAAGAGUGUUCCUGGCAUUGUCAUAGUCAUCACAGAUGGAGAAUCAAAUGAUGAUAUGGAGGAACCUUCCCAGAGACUACGAAACCUGGGAGUUUUCAUCUUUGUCAUCCGGGUGGGAAUGGGCAACAUGGAAAAACUGCGUGCCAUUGCUAAUAUCCCACAUGAAGAGUUCUUAUUCAGUAUCGGCAAUUAUCGAGAACUGCAAGGUCUAAAAGCGGGUCUACGCAACAAAGUGUGCUUUACUGUGUUGCUUCAAUCAGAAGCUUUUGUACCAAAAUUUGCUGAUCUCUUCAUAUUGGUUGAUAGUUCAGCAUCUAGACAAGAGCAGCAAACAAUAAAGAGUUUUCUCUCAAAACUGGUCACGCAGCUCAAUGUGGGAAAGGAUUUUAAUCGUGUCGGCCUGGCUCAGUUCAGUAAAAAUGUCAAAGAGGAGUUCCUGCUAAAUACUGAUAAGACCAAGAAUGAGAUAGUGUCAUCUAUCCGCAGCCUGGCACUGAGUGCCACUGGAAGCCGUGUCUCUGAAGGAUUUAAGCAAUUUCUGUUAGUCAUUGCAGCUGGAGAAUCUGCUGAUGGUGUCGUCCAAGCAUCCCGCACAAUCAAAAAAGAUGCAGUGAUAGUUUUUGCUGUUGGCUUGAACAGAGCAGAUGCAGAUGAGAUGAAGUACAUCUCUAGUCAACCACACAGCUACAAGUUAGGUAACAUCCCACAAGUGCAACAGAAAAUUAAGUCUUUCAUUGACACAUGGGAAGAUGCUGCAGUUGCAAGGGGGAUGUAA